CACCUUCCAAAUAGUCCACGCCUACUGCGUCCAAAACCUUGGUACUGGGUGGGGACGACGCCAGGAUUCGCUUUAAUUGGCCCCCAAUGAGAAACUUAACAACUCUAUGUCGCGCAGGUCCCAGUCCGACAUGGGUCGAGCGAUAUAAAUAGUGUCUUGGUGCCUUGGUGAAAGAUGAGCACCGACACCCGAUAGACUUGCAUGUUUUUCCCUACCAGUACAUGGACAUAGCGAAAAGGAUGCUGCAGCAAGCCCUCAAAGUGUCUGGUCGCAGUAUGACCCCGCUCAUCAAGUGGAUGGAGAAUUGGGCUGAGAGCUCAGUUGGCCGGAAUAAGACAGAGGCGGCGCACAGGGUGAAAAGCCUGGAGGAAAUGCCGGGUCCCACCGUCGCCAAAUUUGCCUGGGACCUGUUCGCCAAACGGGGACUGUCCCGCCUCCACGAGCUGCAGAUUGAGGGUGUGAAGCGCUAUGGGCCGAUGUGGAAGGCCAGCUUCGGCCCCAUCCUGACGGUGCACGUGGCAGAGCCAGCCCUGAUUGAGCAAGUGCUGAGGCAGGAGGGCAAGACCCCCAUCCGCUCUGACCUCUCCUCCUGGAAGGACUACAGGAAACAACGAGGUCAUGGCUACGGACUGCUCACAGCUGAAGGGGAGGAGUGGCAGGCGGUGCGGAGUCUCCUGGGGAAGCACAUGCUACAUCCAAAGGCGGUGGAGGCCUACGACACCACUCUAAAUGCCGUUGUUGAUGACCUCAUUGCUAAGCUCCGCCUCAGCAGGCGCCAGGACCCCUGCGGUCUCGUCCCGAACAUCAGCAGUGAGUUCUACCGCUUCGGCCUCGAAGGGAUCUCCUCAGUCUUGUUCGAGACCAAGAUUGGUUGCCUAGACCCUGUGGUUCCCACGGAGACAGAGUGUUUCAUCCAGUCCAUUAACACCAUGUUUGUCAUGACACUCCUCACCAUGGCUAUGCCCGCCUGGUUACACAAGCUGUUCCCCAUGCCCUGGGACACUUUCUGCCAAUGCUGGGACUACAUUUUCCAAUUCGCUAAAGGUCACAUUGACCAGCGUCUGAAGGAGGAAGCGGAGAAGGUGGCGCGGGGAGAGGAGGUGGAGGGGCGAUAUCUGACCUACUUCCUGACCCGCACAGGGCUGCCCAUGAAGACGGUGUACAGCAACGUCACUGAGAUGCUUCUGGCUGGGGUGGACACGAUCUCCAGCACCAUGUCCUGGUCCCUGUACGAACUAUCUCGGCACCCCGAGGUGCAGGCCUCGCUGAGGGAGGAGGUACUGGCCGUGAUGGGGGGUCGGAGGGUGCCCGGGGCUGUAGACGUGGCUCGCAUGCCCCUCAUGAAGGCUGUGGUGAAGGAGGUGCUCAGACUUUAUCCUGUUAUUGCGGCCAAUGCCAGGGUCAUCGCUGACAAAGACAUCCAGGUCGGAGGCUACCUCCUCCCCAAAAACACUCUGAUCACCCUCUGCCACUUCGCCACAUCCCGGAAUGCAGCAUUUUUCCCGAACCCGGAUACAUUCCAGCCCUAUCGCUGGCUGAACCGGUACAAAGACCACCACCCUUACGCCUCAGUGCCCUUCGGCGUGGGCAAACGCAGCUGCAUCGGCCGCCGCAUCGCAGAGCUGGAGGUCUACCUGGCACUGGCACGAAUUCUGAUGCAGUUUGAUGUAAAGCCCGAUCCAGAAGGCAGUGGUGCAGCAGUCAAACCCAUGACCCGGACACUGCUUGUGCCGGAGAGCGAUAUCAACCUGCAGUUCAUCGAGAGAUGAGCCAAUGACAUGCUGAACACUAGCUAUGUGCAUUUGACAGUGACUGACAAUCCCAGUCUCUCAGAGUGAGACAGAUGGGAGCACUGGGGGAGAAAGAGGGCCCAACUGAAGCUGAAACACCGCAGGCCUCAACCCACAGACCAGGCCCUCAGACCCUCAGAACUCAAGCCCAGAUGGUUUGGGCUUAGUACUUUAAUGACAAGGGAUUUUCCAUCUCAAUACCAGGUUGAUUACCCUUGCACCACUUAAACUUUGUGCUUUAUUCAAUAAUGCUCAUGAAUGCAAUAUCACUUAAACUUACUUGUGGUUUAGAUUGUAGCCAAUGACAUUACCAGUAGCCAAUGAUAUUACCAGUGGGAUCUCUGAUAACUACAUUAUAUUCCUCUCACCUAACUAGACAUGAAUUUCAAUUUUACAAAAUUCAGUUGCAAGUAUGCAUCUUGAUCAUAGCAUGUAAUGGUCAGUCCACCAAAAGCAGAAUCACCCCUUUUAGGCAGUCUUCAAUAUUAAUUUAUUAUAGGCCUAUUUGUGUACAGUACCAGUAAAACAUUUGGACACACCUACUCAUUCAAGAGUAUUUUUGUAAAAAAAUGUUUUACUAUUUUCUACAUUGUAGAAUAAUAGUGAAGACAUCAACACUAUGAAAUAACACAUAUGGAAUCAUGUAGUAACCAAAAAAGUGUUAAAUCAAAUCCAAAUAUAUUUUAUAUUUGAGAUUCUUCAAAGUAGCCACCCUUUGCCUUGAUAACAGCUUUGCACACUCUUGGCAUUCUCUGAACCAGCUUCAUGAGGUAGUCACCUGGAAUGCAUUUCAAUUAACAGGUGUGUCUUGUUAAAAGUUCAUUUGUAGAAUUUAUUUUAAUGCAUUUGAUCCAAUCAGUUGGGUUGUGACAAGGUAGGGGUGAUAUACAGAAGAUAGCCCUAUUUGGUAAAAUACCAAGUCCAUACUAUGGCAAGAACAGCUCAAAUAAGCAAAGAGAAACGACAGUCCAUCAUUACUUUAAGACAUGAAGGUCAGUCAAUCCGGAAAAUGUCAAGAACUUUGAAAGUUUCUCGAAGUGCAGUCAAUGAUGAAACUGGCUCUCAUGAGGAUCGCCACAGGAAAGGAAGACCCAGAGUUACCUCUGCUGCAGAAGAUACGUUCAUUAGAGUUACCAGCCUCAGAAAUUGCAACCCAAAUAACUGCUUCACAGAGUUCCAGUAACAGACACAUCUCAACCUCAACUGUUCAGAGGAGACAGCGUGAGUCAGGACUUCAUGGUCGAAUUGCUACAAAGAAACCACUACUAAAGGACACCAAUAGGAAGAAGAGACUUGCUUGGGCCAAGAAACACGAGUAAUGGACAUUAGACCGGUGUAAAUCUGUCCUUUGGUCUGAACAGUCCAAAUGUGAGAUUUCUGGUUCCAACCGCCGUGUCUUUGAGACGCAGAGUAUGCGAACGGAUAAUCUCGGCAUGUGUGUUUCCCACCGUGAAGCAUGGAGGAGGUGGUGAUAUGGUGUGGGGGUGCUUUGAUGGUGACACUGUCAUUGAUUUAUUUAGAAUUCAAGCCACACUUAACCAGCAUAGCUACCACAGCAUUCUGCAGCGAUACGCCAUCCCAUCUGGUUUGUGCUUAGUGGGACGAUUACUUGUUUUUCAACAAGACAAUGACCUAACACACCUCCAGGCUGUGUAAGGGAUAUUUGACCAAGAAGGAGAGUGAUGGAGUGCUUCAUCAGAUGACCUGGCCUCCACAAUCACCCGACCUCAACCCAAUUGAGAUGGUUUGGGAUGAGUUGGAACCGCAGAGUGAAGGAAAAGCAGCCAACAAGUGCUCAGCAUAUGUGGGAACUUCUUCAAGACUGUUGGAAAAGCAUUCAAGGUGAAGCUGAUUGAGAAAAUGCCAAGAGUGUGCAAAGCUGUCAUCAAGGCAAAAGGUGGCUACUUUGAAGAAUCUCAAAUAUAAAAUAUAUUUGGAUUUGAUUAACACUUUUUUGGUUACUACAUGAUUCCAUAUGUGUUAUUUCAUAGUGUUGAUGUCUUUUCCAUGUGUGUAAUUUCAUAGUUUUUUUUGUUUACAGCUGUGUUGGUCAUGCAUUGUUCUGUUCAUAACCAGAACAGUUGUAACUCAUUCCUUAGCUUAGACAAACAGAAAGCAACUUAUUCCUCUCUAAUUUAAAUCAUAGAUUGGCAGAGGCCAAGGCAAACCCAACUUCAGUUGCAUUUAUUAAUGUUUAUGCAUUGCUGAUGAAGAUGCUAUAAAAUGCUUAUAAAUAUGCCAUGUACUGCCUUUAGAAGAGUGUUAUUGAAUUAUUAUUAGUUUGGACAAAACUGUGAUGUUUCUAUCAGAAUGGUGCUCAUAUGGUGCUUAUAUAGUGCUCAUUAGAGUCUUAGUGAAAAAUGGCAGCUGGUGGGACUAACAUGGUGCUUCAUAUCCUCCCACCUGGGUUACUCUGUUUACAAACACUUUUGUCUUUCUAAAAGUCUUAUCUUAUAUGAAGUCAUACUCAGUUGUACAAAACUAUGUAUCCUCUGUGAGUUGUCUGUAUCUCUUACGUCAAAAGAAUUAUUUGUGUGUUAGCCUUUUUCUACAUCUAGAACCUGAUGUGACUUGUAUGAUGUGGUGCUUCAAAAUGCUUCUUUCUCUGUUGGCAUAACACAUUAUAAAAAGGUUAAAAAAUAAUUUUGUAAUUAUUCGCUAUUAAAAGAAUGUCAUACAUGUA